AUGUCGGCAACACAGAUUUUGUUCAACACUACGCCUGCAAUGGCAAUCGCCUCAGAACCUCCCAAGCGCAGGGGGAGUUGGGUGCCCACACGACGAAAGUCGGAAUGUCCUCUUGAGGUCACCAUCGAUAGACACUUCGAAGCAAAGAUUUACACCUCCGGCUCUACCAUCACAGGAUCAGUCUCAUUCUCAUCGCAAACUAAUCUCACCGUCGACGCCUUCGAGAUCGUCUUCACAGGCUCCUCAACAACUAUGAUUCAAAUGUUCCACCAAGGAACAAUGCCCAAGUCUGGCCACAAAUUCCUUCUUCUGAGAAUGCCAAUUUCCGAAACUGCUCUUCCUCCUGGUGGAGUACUGCAGGCUGGGCAGACCUACGAAGUGCCAUUCUCUUUUGUGAUUCCGUACCAGCUACCCAGUGCCGCUUGCAGACAUAGGAAUCCAGUAAUCCGCGAACGACAUCUGCAGUUACCACCCACUAUCGGAGCCUGGGAACACGAUGACAUGGCAGUUCACACCAUCUCUAUCAACUACGGCGUCAAUGCUCGCGCAAGCUUCAAGUCAGAUAAGGGAAAGCCGAUCGUCUUGGAGAGAAUGCAUCCUGUCAAAGUCAUGCCGUUUGUCCCCGAGCAACCACCUCUGCACCUUGUCCCAGGCAAUCCACGGUUUACACUAUCUCAAGAGAAAGCGAUUCGCAAAGACAUCCUUUCUUCCAAAAUUGGGUUCAUAAGGGCGACAACUUGUCAACCCGAGCCUGUCAUUAUCUCCGCCGACAAACUGCAACCAUCGGACUGCUCACUGAACAUCGACCUUGAGUUCUGGCCGACUUCCAAAAAGGCGGUUCCACCUGAGAUGUAUGCAAAGUCAGCUUCCAUCAAAGCAUCAACCUAUUACUCCACAGGUCACUUGAGCUUUUUGCCAGACCAGCACAAUUUCCCCAGUGUCAUGCCAAACCCAAUCUUGAGUUUCGUCCUCGACGAGAGCGCCACAGUGAACCAGUCUCCAAAGUUUGAAUGGGAAGCAGUCUCGGACUCUCCUUCGGCGUCGAGCUCCCGCAGAGGCUCAGAGAACUUAAACUUCGGCGACGAACCCCGUCCCACAAGUUCGCGACGAGGCUCCAAGAGCAGUGACGUGAUCAAGACGGAAGCGCCAAGACAUACCACCACACUACCAGUCUCGAUUACACUGCCAAGCCCGGACAAUAAGAUCCUACUACCUACAUUCUACUCUUGUAUGAUCAGCCGGACGUAUAUACUGGAAGUGAUCCUAGCCUCAAGAACCCAUGGAUCCAGCUUUGCACUACGGCUUCCUUUGCAGAUUGCUGUCGAGGGACAGCAUGAGAUAGGUGUCAACCACGUGCCAACUUAUGAACAGGUACAGGCUAAUCAAGAUCUUUACGACAUGUUACCGACUUAUGAGAUUACCGUCUGA